CAGUGGAACUGGCAGGAAACCGACUCAAAAGCAACCCGGCAAAUAUCGAUGGAGUCGUGACAAACGAGACCAGAAGAUACAGGCGGUAAUUUUUACAGAGCCGGCAGAGGGGGCCACCAUCCCUGCCUCUUGCCAUAAAUCCCUUAAGAUCCUUUAGGCCUCUCACUUAUUCAGAAUCAGUGUGCACAAUGAUUUUGCAAGUUAAAUAUCUGGAAAUCAGCGGCUGUGUUACAUCUCGAUCCUCGUGUCCCACAUGAUCCUUCAAUAUCCGGCUGCGCUUCAUCCGUCAACACAACACCGCUGCCGGUGAGACUCCAGCUGUGUGGAAAGCAGCUGAGGUUUUCCCGCUGUUAAAAAAAAGCGGGCGACGUGGACCACUCAUCACCGAAUAUCAAAACUCUCGCCCCCUUCGCCAAGUUCGCGGCAGCUAGAGUUCAGACCGCAGCGCACAGUGCGUUAACAAGCCCCGGCCUCUGCAUGGCGAGGAAAACCAGGAAACCAUUUUGAAGAUUUGGUGGAAAACGCACUUGACGGGCAGUUAACUCGUGGAGUUUUCCAGCUCAGCCAGUCUCAGUAAAACAGUAGCCUCUCUGGUCACUUCUUGUACAUUUUAAAACUUCUAAACGCAUAAUGUUACAUACUGGUUAUGGGUUUCUGUGAAGCCUACGCAGACAGGUGAUUUUUUUUUCCCGUCCUUCCUGGAGACGUCGACUGACGUCAGAAGCAGUCUCACCUGUGGCCAUUUCAAAAACACCCGCCCACUCCAGACGUUGCCCAAUCAGCAUCGGGGACACUGCCGCCUUUCAACGCAGUGACAGACAGGUCGCGUCUUCACUCACGAGGGAGCGUCAGCGCGAGCAUGGGGAGCCCACCGAGGCACUGAUGGGGAAAUCUGGCACGUAGUCGUAGUAAAAAGCUGUGUAUAAGUUCUGUUUAGUCGUAAGCAUCCACUGGCCUCGGGAUGGCAAAGCGAGCGGGGCGACAGAGGAGCCAGCUGCCAGCCUGCUACUAUGAGGGAUACCUGGAGAAGAGGUCGUUCAAAGAUAAGACAUCCCGGAAACUGUGGACCUGCCUGUGUGGAAACUCACUUUUCUUCUUCAAUGAGAAGAGGGACGCUGAUUACAUAGAGAAACUGGAUCUCACUGGAUUGAUCUCAGUGACAGAUGACAGCAGCCCGGAUCGUAACUUAGAUGCAGCCAGAUUCAACCUCAAGAUGAAAGAUGCAAACAUCAAAUUCACUGCCCUUAAUGCAGAGGCCCGUGAGCUGUGGAAGGGCUUUAUCCGGUCUGUGUCUGAGUUGUCAGUACCCUCCUCCCUCAACCUGCUACCAGGUCAGAUCCACAUGCUGAAAGCGGCAGUAGAAAAGGAGAAGGAAAGAAUAAAAAAAGGGCCUCCGCCUGCUGUCACCUCCAGUCCCUACAUCAGCCUCCAAGCAGACAUGCCAGCUUGUUACCACGCCGUGUCCCGUCUGGAGGCAGAGCUGCUGCUGGAGAAAGAGGCCAAGAGAGGAAACCUGCUCCUGAGGCCCGGAAGCGACAGAAACUCCUUCGCUGUCACCACCAGACAGGACCAUGAUGGCUCUGUAUUCAGACACUACCGUGUGACUCGUAAACAUGGACGGGGCUUCGCCAUUGAUGUGGACAAUCCUGUGCCCUGUGAAACACUGUGGGAUGUAAUCAACUAUUUAGUAGAAAAAACUGACGGAGUUCUGAUUCCUCUCAUCGUUGAAGACGCGUACGAAAAAAGCAUCUCUUUUAUUCUGUCUGAUAAUGAAAAUGGAGAAAGAAGUGUUCAGCAAGCCCCAUCAAACCUUGCCCCACCAAGUGUGCCUCCCAAACCCGUUGCUCCAAGAAUACCGACUCCUGAACCAGCACCAGCGCCAGUUACAGAAGAGAACAUGUGUCUAUAUGAGAUGUUGGAUAAAGACAAACAGACAGAGGAUUCCUCAGCUGUUGCGCUGCCACAACCAGAGAAGAAAGGUCCGAAGACAGCAGUUUUGCCUCCAACUCCUGCUCCUCGCAAAUCAACCCUUACAUCACCCGCCUCCUCUGCCUCCUCCACAAACAGAGAUCUCAGAAUGAGAACCCACACAGACCCUCUGGGACAGAUUCCUCUCGCAGCAAUAUCAGAGCUGAAACUAAAGUUGGAACAAAAGGCAAAGUGUCAAGAGUGACCUCUCUUGGUGGGAGUCUCUUAAAGCCAUCACCAUCUGUGACACCCUUCCUCAGCAGCUGACUCACACCAGUACAGAGCUACCUCCCAGUCUGUCCCUGCAAGACGAACCAACACGCGGGAACAGAGACGAGCUGUUUGUGCAGGAACAACCUCUUGCUCCUCCGCAUCGUGGCUCUGCUCCUACUCUUCACUGGCUGUCGGCCGUAAAACCUCUCUGAAGAUUAACGCUUUAUUGAUUCACUCUUCUCAGACGCUCAUUAGCAAAUAACUCAACCGUAAAGAGGGAUGUACUUGUCACAUUAUCUUCACCACGUUAAUCUUGUACAUUCUGGACAGUUACCAUUGGCAAUGGUGUACAUUUUCCUAAUCAGAUUUUCGAGAUCAGCGGUGUUUUUGUCCAAAUUUUUUAAGUGUCAACAGCUCCUAUAUAAUUUUUAUAUAUAUUUUUUAACCUUCUGCCUCGUAAGCAUGUGAUGUUCAUAUAUUAAUUAUGAUAUAUAGCACAAAAUGUACUACUGCCUCUCUAUAUGAGCCACGCCUGAGAGAAGACAUUCACACAAAUUGGCUGCUGUUUACAUUAAGUCCUGUAUGUGAAUAUAUAUAUAUAUACUUUUUCAGUGAAGUGAGACUCCUUUAAGAUCUCCGAUUGCUUCUGUCACAUCAAAUCAGACACGUGAACUAGCGACUUUAAGUAUGUGCUAUGCAGAA